AUGAAAAAUAAAUUAGAGAAGUUGCGACAGUGCAUAUUACGGAAAUCAGCCAAGAUGUUCAACUUGUAUCAGCAUAUGAAAGCCAAUAACGAGGGUAAGGAGCAGAAAGAACCGGAGACAACUGGACACGACCGGUUUUAUCAGGAACGUCCUCGGAGUAGUUAUAGGAAGAAGAAGCGUCGUGGUGCGUGCAGGAGGGCCCAGUCUGCUGCCGAACUGAACCCUGAGUCCAUCGCUGCAGCCAAUAAGCGGAACGCGUUCAGAAUACGGUCAGUGUCCACUGACAGAGAGGAAAGCGAAGACGCUGGGAGACAAGACGAAGGUGAAGGAUCAUCGUGCGCUUGUAGCUCAAAAGAGAACUCUGAGCGCGCGCCCUUGGUAGCACAGAAGAUUGACUCUCUGGCUAAGCUGUUAUUCAACAAGUCGCUGAUUGGGACAGGAUCUGGGAAAUCUUCACCGUCCGAACCCCCUGCUUCUCCUAGAGCCGGUGAUCGUUCUAUGGAGAGUUCAGCUGCAUUGGCCAUUUGCACAGAAUACUUGUCACAGUCACCCAGGUACGACUUGUUGUCUGCGUUAGGGUCUAUCGGCUCCCGACUAAACAAGCACUGGUUUGCCAUACACGACAACUCUAUUAAAACAGACAGACUUCUGACAUUGAUGCCAUUAACUUCAAAAUGCCCCAUCGAGCAAGGAGAACGAUCAAAGACUCUAAUCAUGGAACUGUUCCGAGCUCUCCACCAUCCCUACAUAUACCCAGUCUUAGAUCUAGAACUGUGCAAUGGCCAUGCUCUUACCGUCUUACCUUUUAACGCCAGAGGAAGCUUAAAAGAUCUAAUUUAUAAGAGUACAUGGAACGAUGAUUACGCACGUAAGUAUGGGACAAUGGGUACUGGGCUCCCUGCAUGGCAAGUUGCAAGAUUCGGUCGACAAAUGUUAGAAGGAUUGCUCUUCCUCAAGGAGAAAGGUUUUCCACCUUUUCGUCACCUACAUUCAGGCAAUGUCGUCGUGCAGAAUGGCGUUGCGCGGAUAUGUGGGCUGGAAAAUACACUGAUUGGUGCCCAGCCAAGGUGUCCCAUAGCCCUGGCUGCACAGUUGGAGCACGUGGAAGCGUUGUCACUAGGACACGUAUUGUUUGAGAUGUGUGCCGGCACUGAAAUCGACUUGUCGUUGUUACCAGAUUUGUUGCCAAAUUAUCCUAAUGUGGUUGAGAUCAUCGAGCAGAUCUUCGGUCCUCGCACUCCUACACUGCAUGAGCUGCUACUCUGCGAACUCUUCAGGAAGAUCGACCUUCGUGAGAUGAAAGGAUCUUGCCUUCCGAACUUCAGCCAACGUUUGUCUCGUUCAUGCCUGUCCCUGCUGGGCGAGGUGGCGCGACGUACGCCCGGCUCGCCACGCACGCGUACUCCGCCGCGUCGCUCCGUGCCCGCCUCACCAGCCUCUCCGGCCACGCCGACACAUAGAAGGAGACACUUCCCGGCAGACCAGGACUUCACUGAGGAGUGGCAGUGGUGA